UUAUUGCAUGUACGGUGUACAGUAAUUGAACUUAUUAAUAUUGCAAAAAUAUAUUAUGUAAAAUUACACAACACGAAAAUCAUAAGCGCAGCACGGACACGCACCAAGGGGAGAGACUUUAUCGACAGUGCCAGAAAAUGGAUAUGCCAAAUAGUUCCAACGUUGAAAAUGGGUGCGAGUGGCGUUUCGAGCGGUCCAUUGUCCAAUAUAAAACAUCAUUUCAGGUUAGGUCCCCGUGGUCCAGCAGACAGAUAUCCACGUAAACACAUGAGUCAGUGCAACCAUACGUACAAGUGAAUGCAGAAUGAAAAUAUAGAGCUGCAGUAAAAACGCUUUCUUAUCUCGUUUAAAUUUAAUAUUAAUUAUCGCCUAAUUCUCUUUUCUACCUAUUUCUACCUCGACGAGACCAGAAAAAUGACGGAUGAGCGGAACUUUCGUUCGCAGUAUUACGAAAAGGUGGGAUUUCGCAGCGUCGAAGAAAAGAAGUCUCUGGAGAUAUUAUUGAAGGAACGCCCAAUUGACAAGACAAAGCUGAAGCAGUUUUGCUUAAGAUUCACCGUACCCGCUAUGUAUAGAAAUUUCCUCUGGAAAGUCUUACUCGACGUUGUACCAGUUUACGCAGAGAGUCAGGGGUUUAUAAUGGCCCAGCGUAAGGCGGAAUUUCAGGAUUUGCAGAGAGCACUGAGAGUCACCAAGGUCAUAAACGACUUUACAAAGCCUCAUCUAAUAUUCUUAGCGAUGUGGCUGUUACGUAAAAGAAGAGCAAAAGUUGAUAUGACCGCUCAAUUGGAAACUCCGUUAUACAGAGCUAUGAGCAAAAUGGCCGAGACCCUGUGGCAUGUGAUUGAUGUUGAAUCGGAAGAAGAGAAGCUAGUGGACAUAUAUUGGAUAUUAUCCGGAUUUUUUGUGCAAGUUGAAAAGCUGCAGAAAGAAGUUGGGAAAUUGCAAGACUGUACAUACGCACUAUUGGAAAAAGAAGACGUAGAAUUAUACAAGCAUCUCGUUAAAAUUGAUGCACUUUACAAUCUUCCAUACGAUGCGUGGUUUUAUUCGUGUUUUGCUGGCAUAAUAAGUAAUGGAUCUAUUGCUAAGAUAUGGGAUAAAAUAACUGUCGGAGCAUAUCGAAUUUUAAUAUUCGUUGCCGUUGUUACAUUAACCACUUUGAGACGUCUAUUAUUAAGAUGUGAAAGCACGGAUCAUAUAUUAGAUACCAUUAGUAAUAUAACGGAGGAAACGUCGGAGGUGAUAGUCAAUAAAGCAAUUGAAUCAAUGCAACAAAGCGGAACAACUCAACAAGUUGAUUAUUUCACAAAACAUAAUUAAUAUUUUAUACCACAUAAUAUAAAAAUGUAUUAUAUUCUAUAUAUAUUAUAUAUAUUAUGCGACGAAGGUAUAACCGAUAUUAAGAUUGCUCCUAGUUUUUCGAAUUUGUCUCACAUUUAAAUGCUAUAGAAAACGGAAACUGAUUUUUAUCAUCACUCAUAAUAACUUUAAUACGUGGGCAUUAUACCUCUGUGAAACUGGCACUGGAUCUAUAAUAAAUUAAGGAAUUGAAAUUAAUAAUUAAUUCUAAUUUUAAAAA